CAACUCCCAUGAGGAGGACUUCAAUUUUACUCUUCAUCUCCAACCUUCCUUUAAGAGAUUUCUUAUGUUGAGUGUUGUCUUCUCAGUAUCCUGUGCGUCCAAUUUCUUGAUUAUCUUGAAGGUUUCUUAGUUUAAAAUUACUGGGAUGUGGUAAAACUUGGAAGAUCUUUGCUCGACUUCGAGAGGUUAGGCAGAUAACACAUUCAGAUAUAAUGAAGUUUCAAAAUUUUCUUUUUCUGCUGCUUGCGACCCAAAUGGAAUGCCUUUUCCUUGGGACUUGUUUAGCUGUUCAAGAUGAAGAGGUUUCAGCACUGAAAUCUUUUGUGGGAGCCAUUUCCGAAGACCCUCUUGCAAAACUAUCAGACUGGAGUACCAGUACCGAUCCUUGCAGUUGGUCCGGCGUCAAGUGCUCAGAUUUGAAGAACCGAGUGAUUUCUCUAAACUUUGCCAAUUCCUCUUUGAAAGGCUUCCUUGCACCAGAACUUGGCUCGCUGAAUUCACUACAAGAGCUAAUUUUAAAUAACAAUCUGUUAUAUGGAACGAUACCCAAACAAAUCGGCAUGCUCAAAAACUUGCGGGUGUUGGAUUUGAGUGUGAAUCAUCUUUUGGGUCCUAUUCCUUCAGAAAUUGGUGACUUGGGCAAUAUAACAAAAAUAAAUCUUCACUUCAAUGGUUUGACUGGUGUCAUCCCUACCACGCUUGGUAAUCUGGUCAACCUAGUUGAACUCUAUUUGGAUAGGAAUAAACUUAGUGGGCCAAUUCCUGGGAGCAAAAACUCACACACAUCAACAGCUCAUGGAAUGCCCAUUUCUGAAGGUUACACAACUGGUAUGUGUCAGUUAACUAGGUUAAGAGUUGCAGAUUUUUCCUACAACUUUUUGUUGGGAAAAGUACCCACUUGCUUGGAUUACCUUCCAAGGACAAGCUUCCAAGGAAACUGCUUCGAAGACGAAGAUUCCAUCUUGCAUCGUUCUUCUCAACAAUGUAUCUCUGCUAAAAAGCAAGAAACAACAGAAGAGACUUAUAAGCAACCUAGUGGCCCUACCAAUCAUCAGAAUCUAAAAGAACCACUGUGGCUUCUGAUUCUGGAAAUAGUUACAGGUGCUGCUUUUGUUAUCUUUUUUUUAACUUGCAUGGUUCGUACUGCUAAAAGGUGCAAAUCGAAGUCAAAGUCUAAUGUCAUAAUCCCGUGGAAGAGAGCGCCAACCAUGAAGAAUCAUAAAAUCUCAAUUGAUGAUGGAUUACUGAAAACUAUAUUGAGGUAUAGCCGACAGGAGCUAGAAGUUGCUUGUGAAGAUUUUAGCAACAUAAUAGGGUCUGCCCCAGAUAACAGAGUUUAUAAGGGGACUGUAAAGGAUGGGUCUGAAAUUGCUGUUAUAUCACUUGCAGUAUCUGUCUCUCAUUGGCCAAUCUGUCUUGAACUUUGCUUUCAGAAGGAGGUUAUUAACUUGGCAAGGUUAAAUCAUGAAAACACAUCAAAACUUCUUGGUUAUUGCAAAGAAAAUGAGCCGUUUUCAAGGAUGCUUGUCUUUGAGUAUGCAUCCAAUGGGACUUUGUAUGAGCAUCUUCAUUAUGGCGACGCAGGCCAUUUAUCCUGGCUUAGACGCUUGAAAAUUGCAGUUGGUAUUGUUCGUGGGCUAAGAUACUGGCACACUGAAGUGCAACCUCCAUUCACAAUAUCUGAACUCAACUCUAAUGCAGUGUAUCUUACGGAAGACUUCUCACCAAAGUUGGUUGAUUUUGAAAGAUGGAAUACAGUGGUUUCGAGAACAGACAAUGGCUUAAGCUAUUUAAGCAAUGGAGGUUUAUGCAAUGGUUUUCUGGAAAAUUCAGAGACAAAGAAUGUUGAUGUUCAGGCCAACACAUAUGAUUUGGGGGUGCUCUUAUUGGAACUAAUCAGUGGAAGACCACCGCAUUGCAAAGACAGGGGUUACAUUGUAAAUUGGGCAAUGGAGUAUCUCCCUCACCCAGAUAAGCUGAGCAUGUUAGUAGAUCCAGAACUAAAAAAUGUGAAAACCGACGACCUCUCUGUAAUAUGCAGUGUGAUUAGUCUGUGCAUCGAUCACGAGCCAUCGAAGAGGCCAUCGAUGCAGAUAUUGUGUGAAAUGUUGGAGAAUGGUAUCGACAUCUCGGUCUGUGCUAUUCUCUGUGAGACUUCUCUGGCUUGGGCAGAGCUUGCUCUCUCAGUUUAGGAGCAGAGUUCCACAUUCUGUAAAAUAGAUUGCCAAUAGAACAUAGGAAAAAAACAUUUUUUUUACUCUUUUAUCUGGUGACAUGUUGUGUAUAGGAUGUGAAAUCACAUGUGUAUUCACCAGUAAACAGGCAUUGUGUAUGCAUGUUUACAAAAUGCUGCAGUUCAUAUUUUUCACAUC